AUGUGUACCGCAACAAAUCAGAACGCCACCAUCGCCGGCACCACUGACACUACCACUGAUACGAUUCGCGGGACUACAGGCGACGGUACGAACAGUCCCACCCCCGAGUUCGAUCCUGAUGCAACAGAAACAGAUCCAGAUUUAAUAGAACCCGAUUCCAAUUCAGGAAGCGAUUAUACCCCAGGGUCCGGACAGAAUCAAACAUCUCUUCCACGUCAUCCUACCGGCCCUCCUCGCAUUUCUUGUCGACAGCAAUUCCAGAUCAUCAACAACAUCAGCAAUAACUUUAGCCACGACGAUAUCGGCAUGGUCGGGAUGAACUACCCUCUCAACACCGACCCCACCGCCGGAGUGAUGUUUCCUUCUGUGGGUCCUACGUUGUACUCAUUCCCUCCUCACAUUUGGUCUUCGCGUUUCGAAGACCCCAGCAGCAGGAAACGUGGUCCCGAUGGCGAAGAGCUGAUCUACCCUCGCAUUGGCGCAUUCCCGCCUACCCUGCGUCCGACUUCUGAUUUCUCUCCUUCGUCGUCUUCGUCGUCUUCGUCGGCUGUUACUUCUGUUCCGUUUUUGUCUUUGACGUCGUCGAAUUUGUCUUCACAACCUGCUCCCAAGAAACCUUGCCGUAACAGCAGAACCAACUUAAUAUCUGCAACAACUAAUACCACAACGCCAACAGCCGCUACCGGAGCCGGUCAGUCCUCAGGCAGAGUUGGAUCCAGUGCCUCUGCAACUCCUACUAAUGGAAGAGGUCGGGGUGCAUCAUCUGCAGCAGGUGCUGGUACCGUCAGGCAGACGGUAAAUGCUAGGACCACUAGGAACACGCCCAAAAGUGGAAGGCGGUAUCGGACUGGAUUGGCUGGAGGGACGACCGCGCAGGGUAAUGGUCAUACUGUCGCUACCGCCUCCAACAACGUGGCGCCUGGUCACAGCGGCCAAGGCCAAGGCAAUGGCAACGGCAACGGCAACGGCAACGGCAACGGCAACGGCAACGGCAACGGCAACGGCAACGGCAACGGUAACGCUAUGGAUGUUGACGGCGGUAACAGCAGUGGUAGUAGCAGUACCAACAGCAAUGUCAGAGAUAAUAGCGACAACAUCCUCAGAUACAGAGACGGCCUUAUCCGACGCGUCGGGAAUCAACCCAUCAUUGCCUACUCACACACCGCACGACCCGGAAUAACUCCUGCCGAAAUUGGGGCUUCUCUCUCCCUGGAGCUCAUCAGACGCAGAGAGGAAGCUCAGCGACUUCGAGAGGAAGAAGAGCAACGCGAAGAGGAAGAGCGGCGGCGCAAUAUCGAGGAGGUGCGUAGUAGACUUACCCAGCAGGCACAGCAGAGGUCUCCUUCUGGUACACCUACCGGUCAACAAGAAUCUUCCUCUUCCUCUGUUCCUACUUCUCCUUCCACACAGUAUACACUUACUCCUGUACAACAAACUCCUCCACCUCGUCAAAGCCCUCAGCAGUAUCCUAGGAAUCAGAAUCUGCUUGCACAAUCACAAUCAUCUACUUCCAGUGGUAAUCCAGGUCAAAACCUUCCUUCUCAGCUCUCUCAGUACCACGCUCCUAUUCAUCAGCCCGGCUGUCAUACCCAGUACCAACAGCCCUUACAGCAUUACCAUCAAUCUUCAUACUCUUCGCACCAUCAUCAGUCUUCACAGCAGUACCAGCCCUCACAGUAUCAGCGGCCCCUUCAGCUUCAGCACCCUCAAAAUCCCGGACCCCAGAAUCACCACCAACAAUUUAAUGUUCAUCAUUCCUCUUCUUACCAGAGCUUUACGCAUCCCUAUUCUUCUUCCAAUAACUAUCACAACUACAACGGCUAUGAAUUCAAUGGUAACUACUACAACGGUAACCAUAUCAACUACGACCAGCAAUACAGCAACUACAACAACCAAAACUAUCAGUUGAACAACAACCAUCGCAACCAGCAGUACAACAGCUAUAACAAUUACAACAACUGCAACAACAACAGCUACAACAACAUCGCCUCCUCUACCUCUGGCACUAUCUUCGCCCAACCUUCUCAGCCCUAUGGCUCCUCUCGCCCCUGGCAAGGGUCUCUAGGCCACGGCCUUCAUCCCCACCCGAGCUCAAGAAGGCACAUUCCGUUUCCACCCCAACUGCCAGAUACUCUCUUGGUGAAUGCUCAUUCCCACCGCUACAGCACCAACACCGGCUUUCUGAUGCUCACAUCUCCCGCACCCCAAACAAUAGCAAGGCCAAUAGUAUCACGGAAUCCUAGGAGCUCAACGCAACACCAGUUCCCAGAGUAUGAUCAAAUGACGCGUGCUUCACAGGCCGCAUUUGCGACACUUCCGCCCAUUAGAGCGUCAGCGGUUCAGGGGUCACAAUUUCAGGCGAGUAGUAAUCAUGGUCCUACGCCCGUGCCUGUGCCCAUGCCUUUUUCACAUCCGUCGUCGUCGGCGUCGAGUGGUCAUUCGGGGAACAUGCAGCAACAGCAGCAACAGGAUUCAGCGAGGGAUGGCCAGAGCGGGAAUCAUGAGAGUGGCAACGACGCAGAUGACGAGAGUAGCUCAGGAUCCGCAUAG